AUAGAAAAGAAAAGUAGAAAACACUGUAUUCAACUAGAAGAGAAAGUUUUUUGAAAUUUUCAACAUUGUAAUCAUCUAAGAACAUUGGGAAUCACGAUUUUAAUUGCGAGAAAAAUCCAGCUUGGUGAUAAAAUCUAUUUUAAUCCCGACUUAUUUCAAAAUUUGUAGUACCAGUCAAGGUAACCAAAUACUUUUUUAUAAUCUAACCUUCAAAAUCAUACAAUUUAUUUGCUGUGCAUUUAAGAUUAAUUUGUAGUUUCAUUCAAUGAAACAAGGUGGUAAAGAAACAGUAAUUAGUGUGUUGAAGAAGAAUAAAAACGAACGACAAAAUUCAGAAAAAAAUGAUCCAGAUGGUGUUAAAAUUAUAAGAAAAUGUACAACUCUUGGAAUGGACGGAGUUCAACAAAAACAUCAUUUGAGAAAUCAGAUCAGUUCAGAUUUUGAUUCAGAGAACUUACGUUUCAGUUUUUGUAAUGUGAAAAUGAAUUUCCAUGGAAUUUUUGAUAAAAUGAGGUAUCAAAAACUAGAAAGUAGAAAUAUUGAAACUGAUAAAAUAUUUGUAGACAACAAUGUUACAAUAACUGAUGAAGACUAUAAGCAUGGAAAAAUAGUUCUAGAUGAACGUAAGUGUCAUGGUGAUACACAGAUCGAUAUCUCUAAUGUGAAAGAAGAAGAUGAAAAUGUAUGUUUGUCACUACCCCAAUACUCGUAUGAUCUAGAGAAUGCUGAUGAUGUCAUUGGUAUAAACAGAGAAUAUCAUUUCUUGGAUCAAAUCCAAGCAUCCAAACAAAAACUCACCUCUCUUCCCAAAGAUAUAUCAAAAGUUAUCGAUUGCCCAAAUCACAAACACAACAAGCUGAUGGGAAUUAACAUAGAAGAUGAGGCGAGUGAGCCGGGGUCAUCCAUUAUUAGAUUGCUGGAUCUCAGCUGCAAUUAUCUGAGACAAGUUUCCUCCGAAAUCGCAGAACUUUCCGAUUGGGUGCAAGUGUUUAAUCUGAGCAACAAUCAACUGGCCUCCCUGCCCAAGGAAAUGGGCCAACUGAAUCAGUUGGAAGAGAUUGAUGUCUCCUACAAUCUUCUCAAACAAUUGCCACGAGCAAUUUACAAGCUACGAGGCCUCAAGUACUUGUUCGCCAAGUGUAACAACAUAUCGACAGUUGACAAAGAACUGAGAACGCUGAAGAAGUUGAUGCUGCUUGAUUUGUCCCACAACAACAUUCGAGGCUGGCCGUACCCUGUCAUCAAUUUUAGCUCAUUGGUGGAACUAAAUCUAUCCAACAACAAACUCCUAGUGAUACCGUCAGGCGUCCACUACAUGACCGGUUUGAAGGUUCUGCGACUGCGCGGCAACUCAAUCAGUCGGUUCACCAAGAAAACUAGACCUCCAAAUUUGGAAAUUUUAGAUCUCGGUGAAAACAAAAUCCAGACUCACCCUGAUUUUUACGGUUGUACUACUUUGAAACAAGUAUGGAUUGAUCACAACUUCAUUCAACAAGUGGAAGUGAACUCGUUCCUCAGUACAUCCAUCCGUUACCUUAGUUUGUCACAUAAUAAGAUCACCACAAUAAACGGGUAUUUCUCUUCACUGGAAAACCUAAACGUUCUGGACCUCUCCGGCAACCUACUCAAAUCACUACCUUUCGAUUUAGGUUGCUCUGAAAGACUCACAACUCUCAAGAUCGAAAACAAUGGUUUCGAUGAUCUCAAUAUCUUGGAGUACAGCCGAAUAGGUACAAAACAAUUGGCAAGAUAUCUUCUAAAACAGUUCUGGGAUACUUCGGAGGAACAAAACAGCAAAUCAAACCUCUCCCGGUACACAGCUGUAUAUCGCUUCGACCCCACUGACAAAUUCACUUAUGCUAACGACUGUCAAUGCAUAAGAAUGACUGUCAACGAAAGUGGAAAUAUUCCUAAUUGGAUGUUCAAAAAAGCAGAAAUGGAAGAAGUUAUGCGCAUUGAUUUAUCCAGGAAUCAGCUGGAUCAAAUACCUCCCAACCUGUGGAGAACUUCUCCAUACCUUGAAGAACUGUUUCUGGACGAGAACAAAUUCACAGUCAUUCCGUCAUUCAUAGGUAACUUUUGGAAACUGAGUGUUCUCAUUCUAAAAAGGAACAAACUGAAAGCAUUACCUGCACGCUUAUCUCAGUGUGAGCAUCUCCAUCUAUUGGAUAUUUCGUACAACCGUUUCUGUGAACUACCUUCUGUGAUUGAUGAACUAAGGAGUUUGAGGAUUCUAUACGCCAAUAACAACAGAAUAGCGGAGAUUAGCAACUGUUAUGAAAAACUAGGUAACUUGGAUGUUAUAGACUUAUCAAAUAAUGAAGUUGAGAUUUUAUCAUGAGAGAAUAUUUUCUUCACAGAUAAAAUGAUGAUUUUGAUGCUAAAUACUUGUCCUAGAACAGUUUCAAUGUCAAUUCUCAUAAUCUGAAUGGGUUUCAAGAAAUAGAAUGAGUUUCAAAACAAAAUUAUGGAGCCUCCAUCAUAUUAUUCACAUUUGGAGUAUUCAAAGCGCUUUCAUGACAUAGAUCAACCCAUAACCAAUGCAUACAUCAAAGUCCACUUUGUUGACAUACCAAAGAGAAACUGCAGACUCAUGAUGGAUUGUAACUGAAU